GUUUACAGUACUUAGUACUUCUCAAGUUUUAGAACUUGUGGGGGAAAAUGAGCUAAGCUCCUAUGUCUAAUGGAUCCUAAAGGGAAGGAAAACAGGUCCCACAGAUGAAGUGCUUUCCUAAAGGUCCCUCAGAAAAUGCAAAGCAGACUCAGGAGAUGAACCCAAGUCACCUGAUAUCCCACCUUACCCAAACUGCCUACUUGUAUUAUGGGAAGCUUGGCAAGAAAUAAGGGUGAUGAAACUGCCCAGCUGCGUGGAAGAAUGUCUCUGCUGCUAUACAGCAGGAGAUGAUCCCCCCAAAGGAGAUUUCCCUCUUCAGAAAAAAUCCCCGAAACUCUGUGGCUCCAACUACCCCCUGAGCAUUGCCUUCAUAGUGGUGAACGAGUUCUGUGAGCGCUUCUCCUACUAUGGCAUGCGAGCUGUCCUGACACUGUAUUUCUUAAGCUUCUUCCACUGGGAUGAGAAUCUCUCCACUGCUGUGUACCAUGCCUUUUCUGCCUUGUGUUAUUUCACGCCUGUCAUCGGAGCCAUCAUGGCAGACUCGUGGCUGGGGAAGUACAAGACGAUCAUCUACCUCUCCAUUGUGUAUGUUGUUGGCCAUCUGAUAAAGUCAGUCGGUGCCAUUCCAUCCCUGGGCAACCAGGCAGUUCAUGUGGUCCUGUCUAUGGUUGGUCUGUUUUUGAUCGCCCUUGGAACAGGAGGGAUCAAGCCCUGUGUCUCUGCAUUUGGUGGGGACCAGUUUGAAGAGGAACAUACCUCGGAGAGAAGCAAGUUUUUUUCCAUCUUCUAUUUAUCCAUUAAUGCUGGAAGUUUGAUCUCCACGUUUGUAACUCCUGUAUUAAGAGGGGAUGUGAAAUGUUUUGGAGAGGAUUGUUAUGCACUGGCUUUUGGUGUCCCAGCAGCACUGAUGGUGUUGGCACUUGUUGUGUUCAUUGCUGGAAGUGGACUGUACAGAAAAACACCACCACAAGGAAACGUCUUGCUGGAAGUGUGCAAAUGCAUCGGUUUUGCUAUUAAAAACCGGCUGAAAAACCGCUCCCGUGAGAUUCCAAAGAGAGAUCACUGGCUGGACUGGGCAUCAGAAAAAUACUCAAAACAGCUGAUUGGGGAGGUGAAAAUGGUGACUCGUGUUCUCUUCCUCUUCAUACCACUGCCAAUGUUCUGGGCCCUGUUUGAUCAGCAGGGAUCCAGGUGGACUUUGCAAGCCACAAAAAUGAAUGCUGAUUUUGGAAUAUAUGUCCUUCAGCCCGACCAAAUGCAGUUCUUAAAUCCACUUCUUAUUCUUGUCUUCAUCCCAAUCUUUGACCUUGGGCUCUACCCCCUGAUAAGCAUGUGCAAAUUGAAUUUCACACCUAUUAGGAAAAUGGCAACAGGUAUGAUCCUUGCAGGGCUGGCCUUUGGACUUGCAGCUGUUAUAGAAGUCAAAAUAAAUGAAACCGAUAUGCCUCGACUUGUCCCAAAAGAAAGUUUAAUUCGGGUCCUGAAUUUGGCAAAGAACCCUGUUCAAGUGACAAUCCAAGACAAGGACCUAUUUCAGCAGCCUGUGGAGUCUUUUCAGAACCCAGCUGAGUACUCAAAAUUAAUAUUGAAUGGAGAGCAACAGAGCCUUCACUUCACCCUGCAACAUCAAGGAUUGACUCUUGCUUUUAACUACACCGUGAAGGAAAAAUCAGUAUACAGCUUAAUUGUUUUUGAGGCAGAAGGAAGCCUAUCAAGUCACUUAAUUACAGACUUGGAAGCAAAGCCAGAGAACGGUUUGGCAGCUGUUAGAUUCAUUAAUGGUUUGAGCCAAGAUGUCAACCUCACCAUCAAUAGCAAAAGGUUCAUUGUUGUUCAGAAAAAUUACAGUGCUUCUGAGUACUCUCUGCUGGAGAGGGACACGUAUAACAAUGGAAAAUGCAUAACUGAAACAGGAGAGUUCCCCCUGGAGCUGGGGCUGCUUGACUUUGGUGCCUCAUACACCAUUGUGAUAACUAAUAUUUCUGGAGGUGCUGUUGAGAUGUGGAAGUCAGAAGACAUCAAAGCCAACAAUGUCCAUAUGGCCUGGCAGUUACCACAAUAUUUAUUGAUAUCUGCUGGGGAGGUGAUGUUCUCCAUUACAGGUCUGGCCUUCUCCUAUUCUCAGUCUCCAGCCAGCAUGAAGUCGGUGCUGCAGGCAGGCUGGCUGCUCACGGUGGCUGUGGGAAAUACCUUUGUGCUCAUUGUUGCUGAGGCUGCACCAAUGGCACAGUGGGCUGAAUUUGUCUUGUUCACUGUUCUCCUCUUUGCUGUGUGCAUUAUUUUCUCCAUCAUGGGAUAUUUCUAUGUCAGUGUGGAUCCAGAGGACCUAGAAGAAAAGGAAGAGAAGAGAGAGACCUCAAGCAGAGGAAACAUGAUUGGUCUUGUUACUAAGAAAACAAAGCUCUAACACAUCAUGGGUUGGGAUUUUUUUUUUUAUUUCUAACUCAGUUAUGAGAGGGUAAAAGAAGGGUGGGGACAGUGUUACUUUAUUUUAGAGCAUUGCAGUCUUUAUUACUCAAAAUGUAGCCACCUUAUAAAUGAGACCAAAUAGCCCUCUGUAAAAACAAUGGGGGUCCUGAAAUCAGAGCAAAACUCCCUGGGAAAGCUCCUCAGGUGUUAAAAGCCCUUAUUAGUAAUUACAGUGUAAUUUAAAACCUGCCCAUCUUUUAAACCAUGGAAUGUUUCCUAUGAUUUUGCCUUAAACAUAUAUUUAGGGCAGCAGGGAGGAAGGGUGGAAGAAAUGCCAUAUGACACAAAAAUCUGGAAAUGCUAUGAGAGAAGAAAGAGGAAAAGCUAGUGUAGAAAUUAGGGAAGAAUAGAUGUUAGUGACAGAAGGAUUUUUAAUGCUGUUAUCAAGGACUGUAAGGGUUACACACAGUCCCAAAGGAUUUCAUCAUGUAACUCUCCUUAUGAGUAUUUCAUCCCAUUAUUGCAUGUUAUGAAUGGUUCUGAUUUAUGAUUUUCACCUUCAGGCUCAGAAGUAAUAACAGGGAAUUAAAUUCUGCAGGCUAAAAUAUUCCCAAAACACUGCUGACAAAGACAGGCAUACUACCACCUCUCCAAUACCCAUUUUUUUCCCUUAGAAGUUUUUAGCAACUGAUGGUAAUCUUUGAUUAGACAUGAUUAGAGAAUUGGUUUAUGCUUCCUUAUUUCAGAAUUCCAGACAGUUAUUUGCCAUGUUCCUAUACAUUAAGCCUUUAUUGGGCAUUUCCUUUUACUGCACCUGUCACUGCAAGUUAGGAUAUGGCUGAUUUCUUAUCUCAUGCCUCAGUUAUUCCCCACUGGGAGACAAGUUGCAGUAGUUUCUAUAAAAUUCCAGGCAUCCUGCAGUGAGUUAUUUACAAGGAUGCACUUUAUCACUUUUUCAGUCUACAGAAGGAGACAUGGCAUAUGAGAUCUUUCUUUUUCCUCCUUGUUUUUUUGUCUCUACCAAACUUUGGAUAUAGCAAUUUUAUUGGAAUUGUGAUAUAAUUGUCUGAUUUCCCUCAACUGUGUGAAACUGUGAUUUCAUGUUCUGCAUAGGAGUAAUUCAACCACUGCUGAUCUAGUAAAACUCCUAAGAGAGUCCCUGCCUUCCUCUGUCACUUCAAGGCCACAGCUGUAACAGGUAUGGCCUAGUUUAAAACAAGGCUGUCAAUAGGAUCUUCAGGUUCACAGAGAACAGAUUUUAAAUUAUGCUUUCCUCUUCCAUCUUGGCAUUGGCCAUAGAUGGUUGCUGAUAUCUGGAUUCAGGAGAUCACAAAAUACAUGUUUAAUUCCUGUUCAGGACAGUGCUAGGAAAUACACUUAGUUUGACACCUCAGCUCCUCUGAUGUGCUGCCUGUGUGUGCGUAUCUUAACACUAAGAAAACACAGCUUUUUGGUUUCUAACUAACAGCCUGAGAUUGAUUCCUCUGCUUCCUGUCCUAAAUGGGCAUGGACUUUGACCACUAGUGCUGCAUAAGCUCCUGCCUGCUGUGAAGAAGCAUCUGGGGUUGUGCCAGAGGGGACCACGGUCUCAUCAGGUUAAUGUGAGAAGGCUGCAGAUGUGCAUGCAGGAGCACUUGGGGUGGUUCAGUCCAUGUGUGCUGGUUUUUCAUCACCACACCGAGCAGAGACAUUUAUUAAGUUGUGGUGGCUGAAUCCAGGCAGCUGAACCCUGCAACUCCAUAGGGAAUGAAGAGCAUUGAAAGCCACCUAUUAGGUCAUCCAACCUGCUUCUCAGAAGCCAAGUGAGGAUUAUUCUCCUAUGUUCUUUCUGGUAUUGUUCUCCUGCUGUGAUUCUUUGUGUGGGUUCUUUCUCCUCCAAGCAUUGUUCUUUUCCUAAUCCCAUUUUAUGACACACUGUGAAUCAGCUCAGAGGCUGCUGAAUCACUGCUGUGAUGCUGUUUGACCAGCUUCCAACUUGAAGCACUAAUAGAAAGCAUUUCUUCCUCCACCCACUGCAAACAAAAUAAAAAUCCCCAAACUGAAGGAAUUGCCAGGCUCCAGUAACACUGAACAAACACAAUUUAGAAUUAUUGGAGCAUUUAAUUUUUUAUAAGCCUUGAAUUUGGAAGUAUGUUGUGGUUUGAGGGCAUAUGUGGUGAAGAGACAAAUGAAAAUUAUUGAAGCACUUUCCUUGGGAAGCACUUGGUAAGCAGUUCAAAGUUGCAUGAGGAAAAACAAGGUACCCAGAUCUCUAAGACUACAUAUGCUUAAGAACCUCUUGAUUUUUUUGUUUUAUUUCCUUAUUGGCAACACUACCAGAAGCUGUCACAGACUCUGAGCUUAAUUUAAAGGAAUCAUUCCAGACUCAUAAAAGAUACAUUUAGGAUGUCAUCUGUAUCUGCUUUUUAGUCUCCUGUUGCCAAAUUGCCUCUUUCCAAGCAUCUCCAUGUUCCAAACCAUCACCAUAAUGCUGGGGGAAGGAAAAAUUGCAAUUCACAGUUGGGAAGAUUAUGAACAGGAAGGCAAUGCUAUAAAUAAAGUGUGAACAUGAGGCUGGGGGCUGCUCCUGCAGCCCCUCCCAGGAAUUGCUCAGGGGACUAUAAGGCUCUGUUCACAUUUCUCUCAGAGAUGAACCAGUUACUUCUUCCUACCUGCUCAUCAUCACCUAUUGGAAGGUUUUCCCUUCUCUGAUCUUCCUGCUUGGUUGCUGAUAUGAUCCUUCCCCACUGCUUCAGCUGCUGUCGUGGCUUUGCUAAAUUGGACCCAUUUAUUUGGAAUGCACCAGGAGUUGGGAGGGAUUUCCACUGGCAUGCUCACAACCAGCCAGGAGCAGGCUGGGGACUGUAACAAUGAGCUGCCCCUUCUGUAGCUAGAGAAGGUGGAAAAAUAGCACAUUCAGCACAGCACUUCUCCAGUUUUAGAGCCACAACUCCAUCCUUGGAGGCCUUGCAUCAGCUUCAAAUGGACUCAAGACUGGAUCAAAGGUCUGGGAUUUGAUUGCAUGGAGUAAUGAGGUUUUUCUUCCAUAUGGUCACCUCAGAGAUGGGCCAUGCCCAGCUCUUCAUACCCAAUUUUAGAAAAAUAUUCUUUAUUUCUCACAAUUAUUUGCUUUAGGAUCACAGUGAGGAUCCAAAGUAGUGAUAGUAUAUGUAAAGCUAUAUGAACCUCUAUAGAGAACAGUCUGCUAUCUGUCCAGCUUUACCUGUCACUGAAGACUUUCAGCUAUUGGUGAAGAUUUCCCUGGCAUAGAUUAGGGAAAGCUCACACCAACUGUCCUACAAGAAUUAUCCUCUCCAGCUGAGGGACAGGGAAGAGGUGGUGGGGAACUGUAGAUGUGUUGCUGCACAAACCUUAAUGGAAAUUGCAGGGGUUUGGCUUUGCCCUGCAAGGAUUUGUGUUUAUCAUUUUUCUGAAGGGUGCUUUCUGAGAAAGAUUUUUUUUUUUUUUUUGUCCAGAAAAUUUUGCUUCAUUUGCACUGGCCGUUUUUCCUCUUAGCAGGUUGUAAGUGUGACCAAUGUUAUUUCCAGUUUACCUGAGAUAAGCAUAAAAAUGAGAUUUCAAACUCAGCAAAACAACAUCUUGGCUGUUGGUUCCUUAAAUCUGCCUCUUCUUUCUGAGGCAGUCAGAUGCCUUCAGAUAGCAAGCUUCUCUGUCCAGCUCAAGGGGCUUGCAACUCUCUUUUCUUCCAUCUUCCUUUCACCACAAUCCCAGAAUUCCAGAAGAUGAGCCUUGGCAGGGCUGCAUGGGACUGGCUUGGGUGCAGCUGGUGUGUGCUGUCACCAAUGACUGGUUCUUCUCUGCAUGCCCAAAUGGGGCCUGGCAAUGUAGACUGAGGCAGGGCUGGCCCUGGUGGAAAUUGUGGUUUACUGAGCAGUGACCUGGAUGUUAGUUUUAUUGUGAAAGUGAAAUGUAAACGAGUGAAAGGAAAAGUUUUCAUUUUACUUGGCUUUGGCCUGAGGCAAGAAAACUGCAGACUGAUGGGCAGGGAGGGAACAAAGGGCUGUUUGGUCAAGAUCUGCCCAAUUCCUCAAUGAACAGCUGAAGUUACAUUGAAUUAAUUGCAGAGAAUAUGAGAGAAGAGGAAAUCUCAGAUGAUUAAAGAGUGGAUGACUUCAGGUCUUUUAGAAGAGCACUCUCCUAGCUGUUGGUGAAGGGCCAUUGUGGGAGAUGGUCACAAAUGGUUUGAAAACGGGUUUGGCAUUCCAGAGUGCUGCAAAAACCAGCAUGGACCAGCACUGGUGGGUCUGCACUGGCCAGAGGAGGAGGUGGCUGUUUCCUGGCAAUGUCCCCACCAUCCGUGGGAGGCACCACCUUGGCUUAACCACUGGGACAGAACAAAAGUCUGAAUGGUAUUACAGAUGUGAUUAGCACAGGAGGAAGAGCUAUAAUUAGGGGUGGUUAGCAAAUUUUAGCCAGGGUCAUACACAGAAGGAUAAUCUCCUUUUUUCUCUGCAUUGAAUUUCUUUGCUGAGCUACAAGAACCACUUUCUAGCACAAGCUGCUUAAACCUGGGACAUCAACUCCGUAGCAAAUAGCACAGCUGCUGAAUUUUGGAUGGUACCAGACUCUGCAUUUCAUUAUCACUACAUUUGUUAUUGUGAUACAAUUAUAAAACAGCAUUUAAGAGAUGUGUCUGGUCCCAGAUGUUGACAGAUCUGGCCAGGGUUUUGCAUGUUGAUAGCUGGAUUCACUAGCUGUUGAUAGCUAGUCUUUCAUGUUAAUGCAUGUGGUAAACCUCUCAUGUACAAGUAGGCGUUGGGUCUUUAGAAUUCUCCAGCAAUUUAGAAAAAAAGCCCUGAAGUUCCACGUGAGGCUGGCUAAACAUGAACUGUGGCAUUGCUCCCUUGAGGGAGCUUCCCAUGUGCUUUGUAAAGCAGAGACUCUCAUUCAUCUCCUGCAAAGUGCUCCCCAGAGACACAAAAAUGGGGGACACAAACAUUUUGCCUUGAGAAGGGCUCAUGUUACUAAUGGAAAUGGCAUGAAAGAAAAUAAUUGCUUUGCUUAAAAUCCCUCCUUCCUCACCAUCUCAGGUGGACAACAAGGAAGGAAACUGUUCCUUAUUGAGCUUUGUAUCAAGGAGCUGCUGCUUCUUCUCAAAAUCUUUUUGUGCUGUGUUUUGCCAGCAGAUCAGCAUUAACCUGGCUCUAGCACCUGUAGAUCAGAAGACUGUCAGGAUGCAGAGCAGCCACACAGCAGGCUCCCACAGUCAGCUGAUCAACUCUGAUCUCUUCAUUUUUAAUAAAUAGUUGUAGCAGUUAUCCUGCAGGGCUCAGUCAGCCAGAAUUGCUCUAAAUUUAGGCCACAACUAAGGACCUGAGAGAACUGUAAUCAACAAGAUAAAUAGCUAAAGUCUCAAAAACCUGCUAAAACACUUAAUGCUUAAUUGAAAUUUUAAUAUGCUUACAGAAAGUAAAAAUGUAAACCUGAAUUUAGCAAUUCAGUCAGAGCAAUGAGGAGCUGUAGCUGGAAUCCACCAAUGUGACAACUGGCAACCAAGAGGAAGAUACACAAAUCCAGCAAACAUCCCUCUUUAGAUUAUUUUUUGCCAUUGCUUACGUUGUUCAGUCUGCUUGGCCUGUCCUGUUUGAUCUACCCAUGUGUGUAUGGAAAAGAAGCUGAAUUGACUUGCCAUGUACCCUUUCCAAGCUGCAGCUUGGUUCUCCUCGUAUUGCAGACUCCCAAAUUAGCUCCAAACAACUCCCUUUGCUAGCAGUCAGCCCCUUCAGUCCCACAUGCUGAUCUUUCCUCCCCACAAGUCACUUCUCACUGAUUCUCCUGCUGACUCCCAGAACUGUGUCUGGGCAGAGACCAUGCAGAGCCAAAUGUCUGGGUGGUAGCAGCAGCUGCCCUGGCUGCUUUGGCUCUGGCUUUUUGUCACAGCUUUGUGUGCCCUGACACAUCUUCUGUAGGCAAAUCAGUUCAGAGCACAGGGGUUAUCCAGCAUCUCCCUCCCACCUAUCCUGUGCCUGCUUAGCUGCCCACAGUCAGCCCUGGAGCUGUGCCAAGUCAAGCCACAGGGAUUUCUGGACCUACAUGCUGCUGUCACCAGCCCUGGAGCAUCCAUUAUGCUGCCUGUGGUCCCAGCCUAUUUACACAUUAUUUGUGGCCCUGCCCUGCCAGCCAGUUUGAGUCUCUCUCUUGGUGAGAGAAAGCCACACAGACUGUCUCCAUCUCAGCAGAGUGUGUGCACAGUGGGCUGCCUCUGCAACCACAGACCUCCCAUCAGCAUGGAAACAGCAGCUGGUGGAAAGGGGCAGUCCUCUGUCUCCAGUGCCAGCUGGUGUCAGUGGGGCUGGCUCUGUGACCAUUCCAGGCUUGGCCUUUGAAAAGUCAGUGUCAGUGUUUUGCUGAGAGCCCUGUGCUAUCACUGUGUGUUACCAUGUGCUGCCAGGCUUCAGCUUCUGAGUCUUGUGGUCGAGGAGCAGCAAGCUGCAUCCUGGCAGGGCACUUUCUGCUCCUUCUUGGUCUACUUGUCCAUCCCAAAUGACCAGGUCUUGGGUAAUAACUGGCAUCUCCCAGACCUUGCUGUGUUUAUGUACCACUCACAAAUGAAGUUUCUUCAAAUGGAAGUGAAUUUGCUUGGAGCUCUGACUCUACCCAAGUCUGCUUGGAGCUGCUGGGAGCCUUUGUUCAGGCUCUUUCUCCAUUUAACCUGUGCAUCAAAACACUUUCCAAGCAGCCUUCAUGCUGUCCUCACCAAAGAAAGACAUCUCUCAAAGGUGCUGUACCAAUAUGGAUUUUUCCUGCCCAAGUUAGAGGUGAAACAGGCCAGCAAGAAUCCAUCAGGCAGCAGGAGCUGCUGUCUUUCCAUAAGAAGAACUGCUGUCAGUCACAGUGGCUCCCCACCUGCCAGGCCAGGCACUCCAGCUCCUGCUGUGCCCUGAGCUCAGCAGAGGCCAGUGGAUGCUCCAGUGCCUCUCUGGGGGCUGCAGCUCCCAGUGCAGCACUGGCCAGCCCAUCUGUGCCAGUUAUGGGCUGUCACUGCCAGCUUUGCUUCCUGACACCUUAUACAGCCCAAAAUCUGCAGAGCAAAUAGAAGCAGUUGCCUCUUUCCACAGAGUGUAUUCAGUUUGUGUGUUCCUCUCCUUUCUCACCACAGCCAUCAGCUGCCCUGUUAUUUCAGGGCUGGCUGAGGAGAUGUGCAGUCCCCAUCCCACCCCUUGGAGCAAGGGGAGGUUUGGAAUUUCCCACUCUGCCCACCCACAAGCACCUUUCUGGAAGCUCUCCUCAAAUUCAGGUCUUCCACCUCUCCAAAGAGCACCUCCAUCAUGAGACCAAGGAUUUGACAUGUUUUUAACAGUCAGUCCUUUUGUGGGGAUUAGCCAGCCUGGGUAAUGUUUGCAUUUUACCCUUUGCUGUCUGCUGGUUGUGGAUUUACUUCUGGAGCUAAUAUCACUGUUUUUCUUUACAUUUUCUCCCCAAAGGUUGUCCUGAACCACCUGCAUUCUCUGUAUAAAAUAAAUAAAUGGCCUUGACUGUUUGCAGGCAAAUGUUUUAUCCAUCUUGUGCCAAAACUUUGAUAGUGUUGUGAAGAAUCCCUCUGCCCUAAUGGUGUCAGCACAGUCCUUUACAUCCCUACAGGAGGAUUUCUUUGUUCCUCCUUUUGUAUGUGCUGCUUGUAACCGAAGGGUUUGUGCUCCAUUUCUCACAGCCCUCAGCACUCCUCAAGCUUCUGUAAUGCAGGCUCUGAGUUCCCUCUUCCAUUUGAGCUGAAAACUAUUAAAGGCCAUUGAGAGCUUCAGAACCAGCUGGGUUUUGUCUAGUAAAGUUCUUUUUUUCUAUUUUUUUUUUCCCACUGUGUUCACAUCCAUCACUUGCAGCACAGGAGUGAAACACUGCUCCAGUCUUCUCCUGUCAACUCUCUCAGGAGAAGGCUGGGCUUUUAGCUUUUCCAUUAAAACCUUAUCUGAGAUGCCUUUGGUCCUAAUGUUCAUUGUUCAGCAUCCCUUGAAGCCAGGGAUUUUGGUUCCUUUCUUUGGGUUUUUGCUUCAGUCUGCUCAGCAUUUUUUCAGCUGAUGCCACUGUAUUACACCUCCUGGGGUCCACUGACCUUUGGGCUGAAAAUGAGCAGGGAAGUCAUCCCAAUGGUUUUAAAAGAUGCACCUAGACAGAACCUGCUCAACUCUGAAAGUUUUGAGCUUCUUUUCAGCUUGUUAGGGAAGAGCAGGCACUUUUCCUUGCAAAGGUGUGUUUUUCAUGCCUACUGCAUCCUGCUCUGCCUGGGAGGGGAUGCUGCCAGGUCAGAGCAGCUCCACCAUCCACAGUACUUUGUGCCUGCUUUCCUCUGGCUCUGCAUUUCCUGGCUUGGAUUUCUCUUGGCCUCUCCUUGGUGGGUCUCUCAGCUAUGAUAUUCACUCAGAGGGAGAUAUUGCCUCCAGCAAUUUAUUUUACCAGUCUCAUGUUGUUACUUGUGGUGACAUCAGUCACGGGAUUUAGUUUGCCUUUUCAGUCUCCUCUGUUUUUCCAGGUUUCUGCUGUGAUUUCUCUUGAUUCAGACUGUCAAGCUCUUGCCAAAUUUCUCUUCCUUCCUCAUGGCUUCCCAUUAUCAAUGCUGUACUUGGAGUCCAAGUGCCCUUCAUGCCCCAAAUCUGCAAGAUAAGUAAACUUAGAAAAUCAUUAGGGCGGACUUUGACCGCUCCUGUCUCCAUCAAAGACUGGGAUUAAAUUAAGUCCCUUUGAUAAACUGAGCUGAUGGGCCAAUUUGGAGUGCACAUGUGGUAUUAGGAGCCUCACGGGACUUAUGAUUAAAAGACAUGAGAGAACACAAUUAUUUAGAGAGCUAUCAGGAGAUUGCUGUAGCUCACUAGUCACUUCUUUAUCAGAACAAAAGAAGAGUCCAAUUCUCCAGGGCGACAGGCAGCUCCUGGGAGGUGUCCAUGAGUCUCUAAUUGCUGCAGGAGGCAGGGUUCCCACUUUGAUGUGUGCUAUAACUGCAGGAGGUGCUGGGGAGAAACCCAUUCAACCAUUCCUGUCCCCAGGGCACUUGGUCCAGGAGAGAAACCUUCCACACAGGUGGCUUCUUUAUCUCUUUUUACAGUUGCUUGGGUUUUUUGUUUAUUUUUUUUUUUUUUUCACCAUAAACUGCAGUUGCUUUUGCAGCAAGAUAGAGCUCAGCUGGGUUUCUUUGCUGGACUGUGAUCAAAUCCUGACCAGCACAGGGAGCUCAGUGCAGCCAGGGCUGACUCCCUGCAUCAAAUCUUCAAGGCUGGGCUGGAUCCUGACCCAGCAGGAAAAGUCAUGUUAGCUUAGGCUCUGCAGCAAACCCUGGACAUGAGAAAUGUCUGACUGGACACAAAUACAAUUUUGCCUGUUCUUUUUUUUUUUUUCUCAGGGUCAGGCUAUUGAGUUGGGGCUGGAGGACAUAUGUAAUUGUAGCAAGGCUAUUUUUCUCACUUUUUUUUUAAAGGAACAUUCAUGCUGCAUUUUAAUUACAACAUUUAGAACACGUCCAAAUAGCUUGAGCUCAAAUUGAUCUUGUUUUUCAGCCAGGAAGCUUGUUUUUCAUCUAUUAUUAUAAUAAAUGUGCUAUUGAUAAUAGUUUAGGUGCAAUACAGCAAAGCUUUGUGUUAUGCAUCAGCUCUGGAAGCUCAAAAUUUUCUUAUUAUCCAUUACUGACAUGACAGUUUACAAAUAUUUAACAAACAAAUUACCAGGUUUUCCUUGUUCCCUCUUAGUUUGUAGUCUCAGUCCUUUUGACAGCUGAAUUCAGGAUUAAUGAUGAUCUUGUUUAAGACGAUUGUUUGCUAGCAAACAGGUUUAUUCUCUAAGCCUACAAGUGCAGUAGGAGAGCUAACACUGACACUUUGAAUUAAAUCUCAUCCUCAAAGCAAAUUUUUUAGCUUUAUUCCAUCCAGUUCUCCUAAGAAGAAAUUGGAUUUGCCUGGUAAAGUGCUUAGACCUGUUAAUAAUAUUUUAGUUUAUGUAUUCAUUUUAAAUAUAGACACUUAACAUGAAGGGCUGGCAAAAGGAGUAUUUUUUCUCUGCCAGCUCUGAGCUUGCUGGGUCUGUUCAGGCUGUAAAUGGUUUAAAGUCCUUUCUGAGCACAAGCAGGGGAGCAAAGAGACCACCUUGACCCUCCAUGGAAAAGAGAGAUCCAGAAGGACAAGCUGGAAGUGGCUCUCUGUAAAGCACUGGAGGCAGCACUGGGAAGGUUGUUUCUGCUGUAGAUGGCUGCAGGUGAAGCAAGGAAAGAGCUAAACCCCCCUGGGAAAGCCUGAUGCAUCCCUGGGGAAUCAGGGGCAUCUUCUGGGAGAAAACACAGCACUGGAAUAGAGACUGAAAGAAUGUGUGAGGCACCCCUGCAGAGCAUGUCCUGGGCACUGGGCCACCCUGCCCUGUGGUUUCUGAUCCUGGGCUUUGCAUGCACAAUACAGGAAUUCACUGGUGUGUGGGCCUGGCUUUGGAGAUGAGAAGUGAAUUUGUUCUCAAGAAAAAUCACUCUUUGUUGGCAGAAAAUCUGUGAGUUGAGUUCCCCAAGGGCAUAGUGUUUGAAAGUCACAGAUGAUUAAAAGAUAACACAUUUGAGGAUUAGUUUUGUUUUGUGGUGGUUUUGGUUAGUUUUUUUUUUUUUUUUUUUUUUUUUCCUUAGGUUUUGUUGUUGUUGUUGUUUGUUUUGGUUUGUUCUUGUAGAAGGUGUUUGUUUGUUUGCCUUUUGGGUAUGACAAAGUGAAUGCCACACAUAAAUUUCUCCACAACUGACCUCGCCACUAAUUUUUUUUGUUUAAAUGGAAGAAAAUCUGAGACUCUCCUUAAAAGAGAAGGCCUCCUACCUGAGUUCUGAAAUACAAAAUAUCACACUAACAAAAAUGACUAAAGUUGACAAGCCUGAGUGUAGUUUAUCACAUCAAUCUUAAACAAACAUAAGCCAAAUCAAAUCAGACUUGAUGAAAU